AUGUGGAAAGGAUGGCCGAAAAGUUCUGCCCAGCCAGCCCAGAGAUUGCCAAAUUCAAAGGUUCAGGACACCACCACCUCGAAACCGCCAAGAAAACGCUCCUUCCGAAAGCCAUCCAUCUGCAUCAUGGCCAACCAGGCCAUCGUCAAAAAAGCAGCCGACCGACUGGAGCUGGUUGAGGUCGGCGAGAAUUCUGCUUGGAACGUCUUGUGGACAGAUCAACCCAUCACUGUCCAGCAGUGCCUGUCCAUGGAGCGCUUCCAGAUGGUCAACUACAUUCCUGGCAUCAGCGAAAUCACCCGGAAAGACUUGCUGGCCAGGAAUCUCACCAGAAUGCAGAAGAUGUUUCCAGAGGACUACGACUUUUUCCCUAAAACCUGGUGGCUUCCCGCUGAUCUUAAAGAGCUGACGCUGUUUUCUCGCCAAAAUCGUGGCUCCGUCUACAUCGUGAAGCCGGGCAGCAGUUCUCAGGGUCGAGGAAUUUUCAUCACCAAGUGUCUGGGCGAGCUGGAGAGUUUGCAGCAGUUUGUCUGCCAGGCCUACAUCGCCAGACCUUUACUCAUCGACGGCUUCAAGUUUGACAUGCGCAUCUACGGCCUGAUCACGACCUGUGACCCUCUGCGUCUGUAUCUCUACAACGAAGGCAUCGCCCGAUUUGCAACGCAGAAGUACGAGGUGCCGGGCAACAACAAUCUGCACAACGUCUUCAUGCACCUGACCAACUAUUCGAUCAACAAGCACAGUUGCGAGUUUGUGAGCGGCGAGGAUGGCAGCAAACGCAGAAUUUCGACCAUCAACGCGUGGAUGCAGACUCAAGGUUUUGACGUCGGCCUGAUUUGGAACACGAUCGACGACGCCAUCAUCAAAACCGUGAUUCCUGCAUCCGAGAAUCUGAAGAGGCAGUACAAAAUGUCCUUCCCAAGACACCCUCAAGGUUGCUUUGUUUUGUUGGGCUUUGACGUGCUGCUGGACGCUGACCUGAAACCACACAUCCUCGAAGUCAAUCGGUGCCCCAGUCUAAACAUUGAUUCUCCUAUGGACGAAGAGGUCAAGGAGCAGCUGCUGGUGGACAUCUUCACUCUGCUAAAUCUGGGUCGUCUUGACCAGCACAGAGUGAAAGACCAGGAGAGGAAGAGACUGUUCGAGUCGAACCAGUUGACCAUCAAGAAAAUUGCCCAGAAAGUUGCAAAUGCUCCUCAGAAAGAGAAUGAUGAGGAUGAUUCAAAAAUCCAGGCCGACGCUUUAGAGGCUUGUUUGAGGGCCCAGGUUGAGUGGGAGGAGCAGAACUUGGGCAACUUCCGCAUCGCCUAUCCCAAUGUUAAUAGCGAGGAAAAAUACUCCAAAUUCUUCUCAGCAGCAGACGUAAACAGUUCCCUCUUUCAAGAAACAGUUGCCUCAAAGGCCAGAAAGGCGAUGGUCUUGAAAAGUCUGCAGGUGGUUGAGGAGGAAAUUGCACCAGCCUUUGAAGACUUCAGCCUCAAGGAGGAAGAAAUCAAGCUGAAUGGGAGCACCGUGUCUCGUGGACGAAUCACCGCUCUCAACUCAUUCGAGCCUUCCUUCAUCAACUUGGCUGAGGAGCGCGAGCGAGUCAGAGAAAUGGACAAAAGGGAUUUUCUGGUCCAAUCUUUCAACCUGAGGGCCUACAUCGUCGAGGCAAUGAGACAGAAUGGACUGCUCAGGCAGCUUGAAAUCGAAGAGCCAAGGAAGCUGGAAAAGUCCAAAUUCGCUGUUUUGCCAAAAAUUCAACCUGAUUUCAUGCCAUUCGAAGCAGGAUUUCACCACUUUUGA